GUGUCACCGGUUGUAGAUGUAAGGGAGGUAACUGUUAAACCUUAACGACGUUUCGCAUUCUUGAGGAUUAAAGAGUAAAGGUUAAAGAAGAAGGAUUAAAGAUUAAAGAAAAAAGAAGACAACACCAGGCAAAUGGCUUUACGAAGUCGCAACUAAUAUUUCUCUCCCAGUGGAUUUUGAUGUCGCAUUCUGCAACAUUUGUCAUCGACUAACACACACACACACACACACACACAUGUGUCCUAGUUUGAAAUAUUUUGUCAAACAUUGAUAUCCGUCACUGCUAAGACAGGAACCAGGAGUUUAUUCCACAAAUGGCAGCAACUGUUCUCCGUUGUUGGAAGGAAUCUGCGGCCCUUAUAAUUGUGAGGCGGCUGAAACCGAAACAAUGUUACAAAGAGGUGGCCGCGGUGCCACCGCCUCAAGAAAAUACCCCGCGACCACCCGAGACGAAUUUCCAAGUGUUUAUGGCAGAGAGAACUGCUGUCAUAUCCAAUUUCCCCAAAGCUCACGUAUUUCCAGGUGGAGCGGCCGAAGAGGCGGAUUUCUCUGCUCAAUGGUUGGAUGUGCUGAGCAUGGGUUCCCUUAAACAAGGUGAAGAUCAAACACCCGAAGGUCAAAUGGUGAAUUUCUUUAAGAACAAUCGGAGAAAGAAUUGUGUUGGUGAUAAUAACCAAGGGACCCCGAUGUACCGGAGACAGAGGUUGCCGGAGUUUAGUGCAAUACCCAGCGAAGUGGCCUUCCGAAUCACAGCCAUUCGAGAGGUAUUCGAAGAAAUCGGUGUCUUGUUUGCACGAAAAGCAGAAGAAAAUAAAACAGACGAAGACAAAGAGGAAUCUUUUAUGCAAAACCACGACACAAGAAAUGGACAAGUAUUCAGGAGGCGGUGUAUACCGAAAAUAUGUCACCUGCCACUUGAUUUGUCGGAAUUCUGGAGACAAAGUGUUGUGGAGAACCCAGAAAACUUUUUAUUCAUGUGUAAAGAAUUGAAGCUUGUUCCCGACAUAACAGCCCUGUCCGAAUGGUCCAACUGGUUGACGCCAACCCACGCCACAAGUAAACGAUUCGACACAGUGUUUUAUAUAACAUUUCUUGAUGAACACCAACAUCCAAACAUACGCUUAGAUGGGAUGGAAUACGUCGACUACAAGUGGUUAACACCAAUGGAAUAUUUCUCACAGAAACUUCAUAUUUUCCCUCCGCAAUUAUGGGAGAUCUACCACCUGAACUCCUCCAGCUGGGAAGACCUUCACAAUUCGGUCACCUCGAUUCCCUAUUUACAACCCAAGAGAUUCUUACCUGUGAAAAUCAAUUGCAAAGAUGGGGUAUUGGUUUUUUUACCAGGUGACUACCUCUACCCUGAGAAGCCAAACGAAGAAGAGUAUGAAGAAUUGUUUUUACCUUUCACCAGGGAUGAGAUCCGUUCGUCUGGUAAUUUUCUGAAUCAUCUUGAUCCGAAAGAGAACUGGAUUUAUCGAACUGUUCCACUAUCCCUAGUAGGGCACGCAGAGUGCCUCACGAGUCGUUUAUAGAAUUUAAAGAAUGAUAAAUAUAAUGGUAUGAAUUUUAAUUGUCCUUACAAAUAAGGGAUUGGGGACAGGGGUUUGUUUUCACAGGAUUUUCAGGGCAAUUUUUGUUUUUUAAUUUAAAAUACAGAUUUGUGCAACCUCAUAAAAUGUAUCUCUUCACCAAACAAAAGAAAUGAAAAUCUUUUACACUCACAGUUUGACAUUUUUUGUGAAAUGGAUAGAAUUAUUUUUGUUAAUAGAUUUGAUAAAAUGAAUUUAUUUUUUUAUUAUAUUUUCUCUGUGAUAUUGAAACGAGCUGAAAGAGAAAAACUAGGAAUGGGUGAUGUCGGAUGUAGUGCUUAAGGGAGGAGAUGGGGCUGCAUACAUCCCUGAAUCAAAGGGAGAAAUACCUCUAAGCAUUUCGCAUGGUUGUUUGGUAAAAGAAAAGCUACGUGAUUUAAACAGAUGAAAUCUGCAAGAGAGGGACAUGGAGAGGGACCAGGAAAGAAGUGGAAAAAGAAGGUAUCCCUCAAGGUGGUUGAACUUCAAAUGGUGAAGGGUUGUGUUGGAGAACAUCUGUCCAAUCCAUGUAAACAUGGAAGAAUAAAAUGGUAUUAAAAUAAUGGCAAGCUAGCAGAAUUCUUACUGUACUAGACAGAAUGGUUGGCACCAUUUUGCUUUUGGUCAUACCUGAUUAUGUUCUGAGCUGAAAUGCUGCUGAGGUCGACUUUACCUCUCAUUCAAUAAGGGUCAAUAAGAUAUGUACAAGUUGAGUACUGGAGGGGGGGGGGGGUCAAUGUAAUCAACUUCUCCACCCAUAAAAAUUGCUGGCUUGUGCUAAAAU